CGUUAAGCUAGCUGAACUUUAGGUUGUUGCAACAGAUUUGACAACAAAAUAACAAAAACCUCAAGUGAAAGAUAGAUGUUUGCUGGUUAGUUAAGUGCGUACAUACUGAUAAUAGUGAUAUCAAAUGCUGAGGAACAUCACAAUCAACAGUUUUCUUUUCAUUAGAAGUUGCAGGAAAGCAUUUUGCCUGAGACAUUUCCGUUUUUCUGUAAGCUGCAUUAUGUCGUGUGAAGAAACUGACAGCAUUGUCGUCCAUGAGGGCAAAGCCGAGGUUCACACGCCAAAGUCGGUUUUCUACAACCCAGUGCAAGAAUUCAACAGAGAUCUGACUGUAGCAGUUAUUUCGCAGUACGCUCAGGAAUAUUUUGAAAAUCAAAAAUCAAAACCAAAUAGACGGGCAAAGAAAACGGACGAGGAUAACACUCCAUGUAGUAACACUGGUAACAGAGACGAAAUUAAGACAAGUCUUGAAAACAUUGACAUUAGUGGGACUCCCGAGAAUGGGAAUGCCGAUCUGAAAUGUGGCGAAUCGUUUGAGAACGGUAUCCGUAUCUUUGAAGGUUUAGCCGCGUCGGGACUCCGAUCAGUGAGGUUUGGUUUGGAGAUUCCUGGAGUGAAGGAGGUAAUCGCCAAUGACUUUGAUAAAAAUGCUGUGAGUUUUAUAGAGAAAAACAUUGAGAAGAAUAGCCUGCAGGGUUUGGUAAAGUCGAGCUGCGGAGAUGCUGCCAUGGUGAUGUACCAGAACAAGAGUGUCGCAGAUAGAUUUGAUGUCAUCGACUUGGACCCGUACGGAAGUCCGUCGGUAUUUCUAGAUGCUGCUGUACAAGCUGUUAAAGAUGGUGGGCUGCUCUGCGUCACGUGUACUGAUCUUGCUGUUAUGUGUGGAAAUGCUGGUGAAACGUGUUACUCAAAAUACGGAAGUAUGUCUUUGAAGGGAAAGUUCUGCCACGAGAUGGCGUUGAGGAUUAUUUUACAAUCGAUCGAGUCGCAUGCCAACCGGUAUUCCAGAUACAUCGUUCCGCUGAUCUCCAUGAGUGCCGAUUUCUACCUGCGCGUGUUUGUCAAGGUCUUCACAGGACAGAUCAAAGUGAAGGAGGCCGUCAGUAAACUGGCCAUGGUGUACCUCUGUACUGGGUGUGGAGCAUACAGUCUACAAAGACUGGGUGUUAAAGUGCCCACCAAGGGCGAUAACGUCAAAUUCAAUCCGUGUACUGGUCCACCAGUCGGUCCGAGGUGCGACCACUGUGGAUUUAAACACCACUUCGGAGGCCCUAUUUGGGUGGACCCAAUCCACGAUGUAGACUUUAUUCAGAGUGUUCUAAGAAACAUUCAAGAGGAUCCGAAUCAGUUGCGAACAUCAGAGAGGAUUGUGGGAAUGCUGAGCGUGAUGAGUGAGGAACUUCCUGAUGUGCCGCUGUAUUACAUUCUCGAUGAAUUGUGUAACACUCUACACUGUACUCCACUCAGCUUGCAGCUGUUUAGAUCGGCUGUUCUGAAUGCUGGAUAUAGAGUCUCUAUGUCCCAUGCUGCAAAGAACUCCCACAAGACGGAUGCACCAAUGUCGCUAAUUUGGGAUAUCAUGAGAGAAUGGAUUAAAGAUAACCCGGUGAAGUUGCAUCGACUCAAAGAAGGAACCCCGGUGAAAUGCAUCCUCGAAAAAGAGCAGAAGCACAGAGUUUCUUUUGACUUGCAUCCUGACGCAAACCCAAAAUCACGACAACAGGGCUUGUUGCGCUGGCAGAAAAACCCAGAGAGAGAGUGGGGCCCUAAACCAAGAGCGAAGAAAUCUGGGAACAGCCAGACGAUGGUGGAAUGUAGGGAAGAGAAGCAAGGCAAACGGAAAGCAAAACAGCAGGUGCCUCCUGACUACCGAAAGCAGUUUCCGUGUAAGAAGUUCAAACAAGGUCACUGUGAACAUGGCUCCGACUGUUGUUACAGUCACGAAAUGGUCAGCACAGAAGAUGCUAAAACAAUGGGAACACUGCAAGAAAAUUGGUCAUAAUAGUUUCACAACAACCACUGGCAAAACUGAAGAUUUACAGCCAAAUAUACAUAGCCUGUUUUUGUUUGAAUCUUAUAUAACUACACAUAAUUAAAUAAUAUAAUAAUACAUUUUAUUUACAAUGGAUUUAAGAAAAACAGGGAUUGUAAAUUUGGCUCUAUAUUUUUAGUGGAGAUAUCCAUAAAGAGUAGAAAUAUGUCAAAUAGACAUUUUAAACAAGCACUAAAUUCCAUGUUAUUUAUAGGUACCUGUAAUAUACCAGAUUCAUUCUAGAAAUAAAUUACAAUGUAACUGAC